UGGCGGUAAUGCUCCUAAAUUGCUGGCUGUCAACCGCCAAUCAAAUCAAAAGAAGAAGAAGAAGUUUCCGGUUGCAAUCCACUGUGAAAAAAAUCUGUACCCACUGGAAGGUGUUAAUAGUGAUGGACGAUGGUGAGGGAGAAAAGACGGGUGAAUCAGAGCCCGUACUUCAAACACAGCCGCUGUGUCGUUUCUUCUGUCAAGGAAGACACUGCAAUUUUGGGAAGAAAUGCAAAUUCCUACACAUAAGAGAUGAUGCCAAAGUUCAUGAGAAGAAAGCCAUCAGGACACCAAGCCAGUCAGAUGUUGAAUUUCAAAACUCAGAGGUCCUUGGAGAAAAUGUGGGACACAGGGAGAAUUGCACUCCCACUGGCAACUGCAGGGUUGCCCCAGCAGCCAGACGUCGCCCCUGUCGCUACUUUAUUUCAGGCCACUGCACCAUGGAAGACAGAUGUCGCUUCUGGCAUCCACCACAGUUGCCCCCAGUGGAUAACCAGCCUGUUCCUGGCAAUUACACAAAACCUGCACAGAGGAUACCACCGGUACCCUGUCCCAGCAUCCUCCAGCAGGUCAAGCUGUGUGACCUGACAGAGGAUGUCGGCAAGCAGCUUCGAGACACAGAGAUCAAGCAGUUGAAGAAGCGUUUUCCCAAAGACCAACUCAUUAUUCAGGAACGAAGUGAUGGGAAAGUUACUUAUUUCAGGGCGACUGUAGGGGCUACUGAUCCAGACUGGCCUUUUGAUCUGAAAGAAAUCGACAUCAUGGUGAGCUUCCCAGACAAUUACCCCCAGGAGAUCUUCACAUUGGACGUACCGUUGGACCAGGAUCUGCCACCAGUAAUGGCAAGACAUGUACAGGAAGCAUCAUUAGAGUGGCUUCAAGCCAAGCAUGCAACCAAUCAGCUUCUGGGAAAGGUAGAGCCUUUCCGGCCUUUUCUUCGCUGGCUAGAUCGUAGCUUGGAGAGACUGUUCACUGAGGGAGCCAGGCAGUUGAAAAAGGACGUUGAUUUAGAAAGAGCUGGAUUGCAGUUCAUACCAUACCAGGAGCUCCAGGCAACAGUGUGUGCCAGUGAUGAAGGAAAACUGAAAAAGACAGAAGGCGAGAAGACAAUAGAGGGAGGGGAGUUAGUGCAGCAGGAGCAUCCAGGAUGCGAUGAAGGGCAGCAGCAGCUGGGGGAGGAGGAAGCCAGUCAUCUGGUGGAGAACAUUAAGAUCAGCGAUCCCCGCAAAGGCACCGAGGUGAAGCUGCUGGGACUGAGGCUGGGAGAGAACACAGCCACCGUAGUGGCCCAGCAAAUCACGGUUUGUCUUCAAUGUAACAGGUGUAAGGUAACUGCAGACCUGACACUGACUGGAAGGACACCCUGCACAGCUCAGUGUGAAAAGUGCAGUGCAAGCAUCAAUGCUGCAUUCAGGCCCUGCAUGCUGCACCAUUACAGUGAUGUCCUGGGAUACCUGGACCUUCACAAUGCUGUACCUGCUGACCUUGUGCUUCAGGAGUGCGACCUCGUUGUGGGCUGCCUCAGCUGCUCCCAGGAUGGCCCUGCGCUGAACGUUUCCUAUGGUCAAGCGAAGGAGUUUAAUUGUGAACACUGCCACGGCAAGCUCAGUAUUUUUGCUGACAGCACAAUAUUCCAGUAUAUUCAGCCGCGUGCCAACACAACAGGUUCAAGUGCUUCUGCUGGUAUUUAUAAGACAAUAAGAGAUCCUGCUGUGCAAAAGGGGAAGCCACUGCGAAAAGGUGCAUGCAAACAUUUCAAACAGAGCCAUCGCUGGCUAAGGUUUCCCUGCUGUGGCCGGGCUUACCCCUGUGAUGUGUGUCAUGAUGAGGACCAGGACCACCCCAUGGAACUGGCCACCAGGAUGAUCUGUGGCCACUGCGCCAAAGAACAGCCGUACGGCAAUGGAAAACCUUGCAUCAGCUGUGGAAGCAUGAUGACGAGAGGAGCACGCACCUGCCACUGGGAGGGUGGACUGGGAUGCAGAAACAAAGUCAAAAUGAGCAGAAAUGAUCGACACAAAUAUGCCAACACCAACAAAACGGUUUCAAGGAAGGCAAGCAGUGACAAGAAGUAGUUGGUGAAGAAGAGCAUUAUUGCCUUAAUUUGUGAAGACAUUAUGUGAUUCUUGAUUUCAAUGAAAUUUUCCCCAAUAAAUCAUGUUAUGAUCUUUCA